AUGGCUGAUCUACUGCCGGAGAUGGAAACCCACGUAUCUGGCCUGGGGUCAAAGCGUCAGCGGCGCCCCAGCGUCCGACUUGGCGACAUUGGGGAGCAGCGAGCCGCCACACACGAGUCCAAUGUCCGACGCAGCAAGCAGUGGAAUUCCUCAUCGCACCAUCCUCUCCACCCUCACCAGCUUCACGAUCAGCCGUCGUCGGGUGCGGCCUUCCGCGGGGGUGGUAGGGUCCUGGUGCCUGAGGAAUGCAACGGUGCCCUAGGAUUCCCGAUGGCCGCUGAGGACGAAAGCCUGCACUUGGGCGAGGAGAACCACCUGGAGAUGAUGAUGGGCAUCCGCAAGGGGGGCAAGGACGGGAAGGCGAGGAGGGCCGGCGGGUCAUCGGCCAGACGCGUGAGGACGAAUUGGGCGGGGAAGGUGGACGAGGGGAUCGCUGCUCUCGAGCUGAAAUCGGGGGGUGAGGAUGCCGGAGACGAAGCGUGCACAUAUUCCGAUGAUCUGCGAUGCGAAGAUUCAGAGAGUCCGAUCAAGGAGCUUCUACCAUCCGAGAGGCCGACAGCCGUUGUUGGGAUUUCGGAGAACAGGGACGUGGGCGCUGCUUCCACUGCACAAGAACAAGAGAUGGUGGUGCCUCUGGAGAUGGAUGCUCAGAAAUGGAACAAUGGAGAUGCCUUAGAGGAAGGCGGCGUCCGGGCAUGGUUGGGUGGCCUAGGGCUGGCCCGGUAUACUCCCGUGUUUGAGGUGCAUGAGGUGGACGAAGAAGUACUCCCGCUGCUGACACUGGAGGAUUUGAAGGAUAUGGGGAUCAAUGCCGUUGGUUCCAGGAGGAAGAUUUACUGCGCAAUUCAGAAAUUUAGAAAGAACUCCUCCAAAGAUCAUGAGGGCUGA